GUCUCCGCCCAUGCUUCUGCCUGCCGAGCGCCGGGGACACCCUGUUGCACGGAACUUCCUCACGCCAAGGACAGCUACGCGUUGCACUGGUGUCCCUAUCUUCGCGGCCCACUCCGGAGCAACUCUGCCAUCUUACUCCAGGAGUUCCCACAGCAGGGCUCCCCGACAGCACUGAUCUACAAGAGCUGAGUAAUCGCCAUUUGAAAGGCAGCUCUGGAUUUAACCACGAUGUCUGUGAAAAUGACAGCGGGCCUGCUCCUGCUCCAGCUGAGUGGCUUCUUUGGAUCUGGGAGUGGUGGGAAGGUGCUGGUGUGGCCAAUGGAAUACAGCCAUUGGUUCAACUUAAAGACAAUCCUAGAUGAGCUUGUGAAGAAGGGACAUGAAGUGACUGUUCUGAUACCCUCAGCUUCCGUUUCUUAUGAGGUUGAGGACACAUCUGCUAUUGAGUUUGAGACAUACCCUUCAUCCUUUCCCAUGGCUGAUUUGGAGGAAUUUUUCAUGGACUCACUCAGGAAAUACAUUUAUGAGCUGCCAAAGCAAUCAUUUUGGAGAUACUUUUUAAUGUUGCAAGAGUUGGUUUGGGUAGAUUCAGAUUAUUAUGAAAGUCUCUGCAAAGAUGUGGUUUUUAACAAGGAACUCAUGACAAAACUACACAAUUCAAGCUUUGACGUCAUGGUAGCAGAUCCCUUCAUACCCUGCAGUGACCUGCUGGCUGAGCUUCUCAAGAUACCACUUGUGUACAGUCUCCGCUUCUUUCCUGGGUCCACAUAUGAAAAGUACAGUGGAGGACUCCCACUGCCUCCUUCCUAUGUGCCUCCUGCUCUGUCAGAAUUGAGUGAUCGAAUGACAUUCAUGGAGAGGGUGCAAAAUGUAAUCUACGUGCUUUGUUUUGACUUUUGGUUCCAAACAUUUAAUGAGAAGAGGUGGAAUCAGCUUUACAGUGAAGUAUUAGGAAGACCCACAACACUCACUGAGUUGAUGGGGAAGGCAGAUAUAUGGCUCAUUCGAACCUACUGGGAUUUGGAAUUUCCUCACCCUCUCUUACCAAAUUUUGAUUAUGUUGGAGGACUCCACUGCAGACCUGCCAAGCCUCUGCCUAAGGAAAUAGAAGACUUUGUCCAGUCUUCUGGAGAACAUGGUGUUGUGGUGUUUUCCCUGGGGUCCAUGGUGGGUACCCUAACAGAAGAAAGGGCGAAUGUGAUUGCAGCAGGCCUUGCCCAGAUUCCACAGAAGGUUCUUUGGCGAUUUGAAGGCAAGAAGCCAGACACCUUAGGCUCCAACACUAGGCUCUACAAAUGGAUCCCCCAGAAUGACCUUCUCGGUCAUCCUAAAACCAGAGCUUUUAUAACUCAUGGUGGCACUAAUGGCAUCUAUGAGGCGAUCUACCACGGGAUCCCUGUGGUUGGCAUUCCUUUGUUUGGAGACCAGUUUGAUAAUGUUGUUCGUAUGAAGACCAAAGGAGCAGGUGUUAGACUGGACUUUCUCACAAUGUCCAGUGUAGAUCUGGUCGAUGCAGUGAAGACAGUCACUAAUGACCCUUCCUAUAAGGAGAAUGCCAUGCGGCUAUCAAGAAUCCACCACAAUCAGCCAAUGAAGCCCCUGGACAGAGCCGUCUUCUGGAUUGAAUAUGUCAUGCGCAACAAAGGAGCCAAGCACCUUCGUGUGGCAGCACAUGACCUCACCUGGUUCCAGUACCACUCUCUGGAUGUGCUUGCAUUCCUGCUGGCCUGUGUGCUGACUGUGAUGCUCAUCAUCAUGAAGUGUUGCCUCUUUUGUUGCCAGAAGUUUGCUAAAGCUGGAAAGAAGAAGAAAAGGGAGUAGCUGAUGUGGGGAGGACAGCCAUACGGACCUCCCCCAGUGCAUCCCAGCAAGAGAGGCUGUGAUGGCAGGGUCCUUCAUCCUGUGACGAGACAGCUUUUCAGUCUUCUUUGUCAAGUCAUAAGAUUUUUUUUCUCCCAGGCAAUUAAUAAUUCUUCUUUACUUAAUUGUAUUUCAGACCAAUGAUAAAAUUGAAAAGUAAACAAAGUUCAAUUGAAAUAGUCAACAUGAGCGGACAUAGGAAUUUUAGAAAUUCAUUUUUACAGUUUUAAAGUUAUACCAAACAAUACUAUGGCUGAGGUGAUGGCUCCAUGGAUAACACACUUGUCUGUCCAGACAUCCUCCCUUAUAUUGGAUCUGCAGAACCCAUAUGAAAGCUGUAUCUAGUAGCAUCUGUAACCCCAGUGUAAGCAAACCAGGAGAUGUGAGGCAGAGACAGAGUUACCUCAAGCUUGCAGGCCAAGGAGCCUGCUGUUCAGCAAAAGAUACCCUGCCUCAUAAAGUGUGGAAGGAGAAAAAUAACACUGGAUGUUGUACUCUGACAUCCCAAUGCUUGCCAUGUCAUGGGUGUGCCCCCACUCUCAAAUGAGCACACCCAUGUAAAAUACACAUUUAGACACUUCAAACACACACACUCUAAAGAAUGAAGGGGCCUCAGAGGUUGUUUGUAGAUGCAAGAUCACUAAGAAGCCCUCUAUGCUAUCAACAUGGUUUUGCAAGUAUUGAACAAGUUUUAACUUUACUUAUUGUAGACUUUGGAGUAUUAAUUUCUAGGUAAAGAGUUCAGGAUUGGA